GGUGACCUCAGCCCCUUCGCUCUGAGUUUUCCAAACUCUGGAUUUUUUUUGAUUAAAACAUUCAGCAAACAAUUGAGGAAGUUCUACAUGCGUUUUGGAAGUUAGAGGUCUCAGCCAAAAUGAGUGAAACCCCUUCUACUGGUUUUUCCAUGAUUCAUCCUACUUCUUCUGAAGGUCAAGUUCCCUCUCGCUAUUCCAGUGUAACUAAUCCAGUUGUGGCCAAACGGAUCAGCUUCUACAAGAGCGGAGACCCUCAAUUUGGUGGGGUCAGGGUGGUGGUCAACCCUCGUUCCUUUAAGACUUUUGAUGCUUUGCUGGAUAACUUGUCCAGGAAGGUACCCCUGCCUUUCGGAGUGAGGAACAUCAGCACCCCUCAGGGAAGGCACAGCAUCACGCGCCUGGAGGAUCUGGAGGACGGCGAGUCUUACCUGUGCUCUCACGGCAGGAAAGUGCAGCCCGUCGACUUGGACAAGGCCCGUCGGCGCCCACGGCCCUGGCUCAGCAGUCGGGCAGUCAGUGCGCAUGCGCAGCCACGCCCCACAGCCGUCCCGGCUCCCGGCGAGCCCCGCGCCCCGCGGAGGCUUGUGGUUUUCAGGAAUGGCGACCCACGCACGAGGCGAGCUGUCCUUCUGAGUAGGAAGGUCACCCAGAGCUUCGAGGCCUUUCUGCGGCACCUGACAGUGGUCAUGCAGUGCCCAGUGGUCAAGCUGUACGCCACAGAUGGAAGGAGGGUUUCCAGUCUGCAGGCAGCGGUUCUGAGCUCUGGAGCUGUGGUAGCAGCAGGAAGGGAGCCUUUUAAACCAGGAAAUUAUGGCAUUCAAAAGUACUUGCUUCCUGCUAGACUGCCAGGGAUCUCUCGUCGUGUGCACCCCAAGGGAAAUGUGAGGCCAGAAAGAAGAAAGAGUGAUAACUGGAAAGUUUCCAUAAUCACCAGUGACUUCCCAAAUUCAGGGACCAGCUCACAGAUUUAUAUUAUACUAUAUGGACAACAUAGAAGUUCAUCCCCCAUAUAUCUUUAUGGAACAGAUGAAGCUCGAUUUCAGGAUGGCCAUGAAGACAUAUUUACUAUCACAGUUGGAGACACUGGAACACUUUUUAAGAUUCGUAUUGGUCAUACCAACUCUGGAUGCUCUCCUUCCUGGCACUGUAAAGAGAUACGAUUGCAGAACAUGAAUUCUGGAACUCAGUUUUAUAUACCUGUUCAACGAUGGUUGGCACGGGAUCAAGAGGAUGGGGAAAUCUGUCGAGAAUUUCCUCUUUUAAAUAAAGGACACCCUGUCCUUCCAGUGACAAUAUAUGAAGUGUAUGUGGCAACGGGAGAACUCUGGGACGCUGGGACAGUGGCCAGUGUCUACAUUUCUGUCCAUGGAGUAAAGGGAGACACAGGAUCUAGACAACUCUUUAGAUCGGAGAGCGCCUGCAAUUUUUUAAGAGGACAAACUGACACUUUUUUCCUUGAAGCUGUGCACCUUGGAGAUUUGUACAAGAUUGUGAUAGGCCAUGAUGGACUUGGUCCAGGAAAUGGCUGGUUUCUUGAUGACGUCAUCAUCAAGGAUCCUACUACAAACCGCAAAUAUGCCUUCUUUUGUCACAGAUGGCUGGAUCAAGGGAAAGAUGAUAGUAAAAUUGUCAGAGAACUGUAUGCCACGGAUAACGGGGUCUUCUCUGUGAGGGAGAAACUAGAACUUAAGAGAAAAGAAACAUGGAUCGCAGAAUGCUGGAAGUUCACAAAAGGAAAUACCAUUCAGUUUUACAACAGCCUGACUGGAGGGUUUGUCCAGCUGCAUCCAGAUGGCACCGUUGACGCUAUUGGAAAGAAGAAAGACAAAUACGGUCUCUUUGAUGUUAUUUUCAACAAAGAAAAUAUAUGCGUUUUUCAAAGUCAUGAGAUGAGGCAUCUUUCUCUUGCUCUGGACAAUGGCUCAGUCACUGGAAUGGCUACUGGUGAAGCUGCCACUGAGCUGCGGGUGCUUUAUCAGCCCAACCGCCGUGCACUUCUUGAGUCAGCACUGGUUCCUGGUCAUAUAGUAAAUUUCAGUCGUCAUGGUGAAAUAGCUGAUGAAUCGUCAGCAGGCUAUACAGAUAUUCCAAGAGAAUUUGUGAUCUUUGUCAAGGGGGUGUUCCUCAACAGCGCCGUGCUUCUGCUUGCUACAAGCCUGUGUCAGGCCCUGUGUCUCCAGCCUGAUGGGAGCUGCACUGGAGCAGGAACGCAAUCUGAGACAUCCUACUGGAAAGUCCAUAAAAUCAGCUCUGGGAUUUGCAUGUUUGAAAGUGUGAAAAAUGCACAGAUGUAUCUAAGGAUUAAGGAUGGCCGGUGUGAUGGAACAGGUACAGGAGAUACUGCCUGUCACUUUAAAAUUAAGAAGAAUUUGGAAAAUGCAUCGGUAAGCCUGGAAUCUGUGGAGAGCCCAGGGUUGUUUGUUGGACUUCAGUCAGAUGGACAAGCAAAGCCAAUGAUUUACACCAAGGAUGAGAAGGUUUUCUUCUAUCCACAAGUCAUCCAAUUUGGCAGAGAAAACCCACCAGGAAUGUCUGCAAUACCCAGCCAAGGGGAAGGAAAGAUCCAUGAGUCAAAAAAACAGAAAAAAUUAACACCAGAAUCUGAGGCUCAGAGUCCCUUACUUUCUUCAACUCCAAAAGAAAUCAGACUUUCCCAAAGUCAUGAGACUCUUCUGUCAGAAGAUGAAUGGAAGGUGUCAGUGCUGACGGGCAAUACAGGGACUCAAGCCAGCGUCACACUCUGGGUGUAUGGAGAUGGAGGAGUCAGUGGACCAAUACAUCUUAGCAAGGACAGGCCAGAGCAGCUCUUCCUUCCAAGACAGAAGGAUGAGUUUCAGGUUGAAUUAAGAAGCAUUGGAAAGAUAUAUAAGAUAAGGAUAGAACACGAUGGAACUAGUGAGCAGCCUGAGUGGAACUUGCAGAAGGUGACCCUGCAACAUUUGAAAAGCAAGAAGAUCCUGGAUUUUGCAGCAAAUGUGUGGCUGUCUCGGGUUCGAGCAGAAGGGGACCUUGUCUGUGAGCUUCCUGUGGUAAAAGAAGGACACGCUGUUUUUCCACUAGUGAGAUACCAGAUUGAUGUCUACACGGGGCAGUUGAAGCAAGCGGAGACGGAAUCUGAGGUUUUCCUUUGUCUCUAUGGGGAGAGAGGAGACUCUGGCCUUAGACUACUGUACAGAUCUAACAUGCCAAUAAAAUUUCGAAGAGGACAGACUGAUAAAUUUCAAAUAGAAGCAGUGUCACUUGGAAAACUGCAGAAGGUGCUGUUGCGCUAUGAGGCCAGUGACAGAUCCCAGCACUGGUACUGUGAGAAGGUCACCGUCAGGGAGCCCAGCGUCUUGUCAGAAUCCGUCUUCAUGUGUGAAAGAUGGCUUCCUUUCAUGUCUCAGGGAAUAAUUCAUUCAGAAAUUGAACUUUAUCUUCAAGAAAUGCAAAUAAAUCAUCAACCUAAAAUACAGGAGGAAGCAAAUGACGGAGACUGGAAGGUAACUGUGGUCACUGGGGAUAUUGAAAAUGCUGGCACCACGGCAACAGUAUCUGUUUAUAUCUAUGGAGAGACAAGAUGUUCAGGUCCUAUUAUUUUGGGAUCUGGGAAACACCAGCUAUUUAAUGCUAACAGUGCAGAUAUAUUUAAGAUUAAUCUUAAGGAUAUUGGUGAAAUCUAUAAAAUUCGCAUUGGGCAUGACAAUAGUGGAAAGGAUCCUGGGUGGUAUCUGGAAGAAGUUGUACUUGAAAAUUUAGCCACCAAUGAGCUGAUUUGUUUAACUGUUGAUUCCUGGAUAGCUGAGGAUGAAAAUGAUGGCGAUUUAUGGAAAGAAAUGCCUGUUGGGAGAACUAACAUAGCACCUUUGCCAAUGGUGGUUUAUGAGAUUCACAUACACACUGGCACAAAGCCAGGUGCAGAAGCAGAGUCCAAUGUAUUUAUCAACCUCAUUGGCUCCAGAGGAGAUUCUGGGAAACGAAGGCUUCAUCAAGCCCAGAACAACAAAGUCAAGUUUCGGCGUGGACAGGUAGAUAUUUUUUCCAUCAAAGCUGUGUCUCUCGGAAAAUUGAAGAAAGUUCUGAUCAGUCAUGAUGGCACAGGUCCAGGUAAUGGAUGGUAUCUUGAGAGCAUUGUUGUUAAGUCUGAAGGAGAAGGCAGCAGUCAAGAGGUGCUGUUUCCAUGCAACAGAUGGUUAGAUGAAUACCAAGGCGACGGCAAGACUGAGUGUGAACUGCUGGUGGGAGGCUGUGCAGGGAAGACCGGAUCUGUCUCCUCCUGAAAGGGCCAGUUUGGGGCUGUUGCUCUGCUGUGCUUCCAAAG